ACCAUUUCUGCAUCUCGGUGUUCAGCUUCAGGGUAAGCCGUGGCUAGUGGCUGUGGCCGUGCCAAACGUGGCUACUGUCUAGUCAACAUCCACCUUGCCAUUUCGGGUCACCCAAUUGAUCCCCACGCAUGCAAGCAUUACAACAUCGACGACGAAGAUUGCAAUGCCAACACAGAAGCAGUUAGCGCUUCACUCUUCCUCCAUGAUCGUAUGAAUCUUCAGAAAUGCCCGUUGACAUCCUCUCGUGGCUGCGCCAGGUCGACGAUACCGCACACCCUCCCCACGAGAUCGACCGAGCGAAACCACCAAAAGCGACACAAUCAAAGAAUCGAAAGCGACAGCGCAGCUACAGUUCAACCAGCUCCGAUCAUAGACUAAUCUCCAAACCUCCUGCGAAUACGUUUAAACACCCAACAACACCUCCAGACUCUCCAACAUCCUCCAAAGCAGGUGCCGAAAUGGCACCAAAAAGAAACGAAGGACUACCAAAGGCACGGUGCCCAGCCCGAGUCCAAACGAUGCACAAUUCGACGAUGAAGGCGAACAAGAAAAGACGCACAGGCCUUUACGGAGUGUCCAUCUCCCCAGCGAUACAUCGUCAAUGUCCUCAGCGAGCGGUCGGUCUGGUGCUUCAUCGCCUCGAAAGCAAUUAGCAGCCAUGGCUCUAUCCUCCCACGGCGUGGAAACGCGCGCCAUGUCUGAUCCGUCCGGUCUUCCCCCAAGUUUAGUCGAUAUGCGAACGAAACUACUCCAAUUGAGCCGCGGAAGAGGUAUUCUUGGAGAACGGGCUGGAGAGUAUACAGGACGAAACAGCUGCGGGGCGUUGCAUCCUGACAUGGCUGCUAUUUACGAGGAUAAAGAAUUCUGCUGCUCUGCGCGUCGCGACGAAUUGGGGCUUACACCGAGUCCUGGGGACGCGGUGUAUAUUCUUGAAUGCGCGGGCGAUUGUCUCCGGAUGGGGAGGUCUGAAGCGGCGUGGAAUCAUGAAGUUCACUUCCCUUUGCUCUGCUUGGCGCUUCGGAACCGAUCAAAGGGUACUUUUCAACGUCUUGUCAAUGUGAAAUCUUGUUCAUCUGCGUCUAUCAUCCCCGACUACCGCAUCCGCUUCGCACCCGAUAAAAAGAUCGACUUUCGCGUCUAUCUCGAUCCCCACCACGAUCCCAACGAUACAAACAUCGCCAGCACCGUCGAUGCUGUUCGCGCGCAUCUUCCGGGUCUGUCAAUAAACCCAACCGACGAUCUAUCGCUAUUGAGCAAUCCAAUCGCCAUUCCCAUCGAGACUAAGCGUCCCGGCGACGGCUUGGACACUGCCAAUCUUCAAGUAGCGACGUUUUUGACGGCGCAUUUGACGCUUCUCCAACGUCUUCUUGAUGUUGGCGCUCCUGUACCCGUUCAAGAUGGGGAGAAGGCACCCUCGGUUGAUGACCUGGGCUCUUUGCCUGGACUGAUAGUGCAGGGAAAUACGUGGAACUUUAUCGCAGCGAGUCGUCAGGAUUCUCGAAUCGUGAUCUGGUCAGAAACCUCACUCGGUUCAACGGGCGACAUAUUCGGUAUCUACCAAAUCAUCGCAUCUUUACAAUUACUGCGCCAAUGGAUUGGUACUACAUACUGGCCAUGGCUACGACGCGUCACGCAAAGAGCUGCUACAGCUGCUCAAUUACGCGAUGGACCAGCUGGAUGAAGAUGUCUUAGGAUGAUGCAGUAAGAAACUCAAAUUCAUUGGAGGCCCCUGAGCUUGGAGGACCCCGCGCGGAUACAGCCGGACGCCAAUUAGAUCACUCGGGACGAUUUUAGAUCAUGCCGAAGCAUUGCGGCGUUAAGGGCCCAGAUCGACAGAGCUGGCUGGAUUGAAGCUGGACGCCGUGGAGACCAGACCCAGCUGGCUUCACCGUCAUUCUAUCCAGGUAUGACGACCAAUGUGUACCGGGACAGUGGGCGCGCUGGCGCUUGGACGUUAUGAACGGGACGGGGAGAGGGUCCCCGCGUCACGGUGAGGCACAGCCCACUCGGGGUAUCAUAACACGACGCACCAGCACACCGUAGCUGGGAUGACAGAAAUGCCUAGACAGGACUCAAGCAAAUAUGCCUCUAUACCUGCUCAUUUCAUUCGCGACGACUUCACUUUAGUCUCAUUUUGGUCUCCCUAUGCAUCUCCCCUCUUCUCCAGGGAUGCAGAAUCUCGUAAACCCGCGAUAAUUCCAUGACUUCAUAGCUAUCACCCGCCACCACGCCAUCCCCACGAGGUAUUAGCAAGCUGUGGCAAUCCCCUCAAACUCCCGGCAAAGACGGCAUCUCCAGUUCCCUCGUCAAUGCCAGCUGAAACCCCC